CCUUCAUUUCCCGCAUCAUCACCUAUCGCCUUACGUUGCAGUGAUGGCCAUCGAUUCGCAAACUCUACACCUGCAGCGAGGCUUCCUUGAGCUCAAUCACAUCACACCAGCAGUCGUAGCUCAGCUGCUCAAUCCACUGGCGCAGCACCAGCCGCAAUGGGUCGCCCUCGCUGUCCUUCAAUGCUUCACCAACUUGCAGCGAGCCAGUCACGUCUCGAGCAUCGAGGCAGCAGACUCUUUGCUGCAGGUCGGCAUACAAGCGGCAUCGUCACCUUCCUCACAGCCUUCCUCAUCUUCCUCCUCAUCGCCCUCGCCCAACGUACAUGGCGUCCUCUCCUCCGCCUCCUCGUCCCUCAAAGCGUUCCAGAAGACAGGCAUGGCCGUCCAUCUUCAAGAGGCCGCGUCAUCGGCUCAGUCACUACACGACGAGGAAGAAGACGAGGAUUCAGCAUGGUUUGACACCAAGCGGUCCCAGACUCCCUCUCCCGCUCUACCAGCAUCAGCGCCGUCAAUUCACCUGGCUAGCCUCCUCGUCAGCCUUGCCAGACCGCGCAAGACAGCAUUGCUUCUCGCGCCAUACCCUCCGCGUCUAGUCGUGUGGCUGAGGGCAAUCAAUAUGGAGACUUUCGCUAAAGUAAUCUGGCCAGAGCGUUACAAGAUUAUCGAGGCCAGCUUGAGACAUCUAGCCAUUGCGGAUGGGCGGCUUGAUGAUCUCGUUGCUGCUCGUCUUCUUCCAAGGCUGGACGGCGAUGAUGUUUGGCAUGAGCUGCUCAAGGGUGGUCUGAAUCAAGAAGAAAUUACUCGCAUUCCUGAAUGGUACCUCAACCAGGCGCGUAGCCUUGAUGCCCGAUAUCAAGCUACACAGCUCGCCCUGGAGCUUGUCCAAGUCGGAAUGGCCGUUGCUCCUGCAGGUGGAGACGACGACACCGCUGCUGCGCUGAGAAGGCUUUAUGAUCAGCUCGAGACGUCGCAAUGCUUCGGCAGACAGCAGGAAGGCAGCGUCGACACCAACCUCUCGCGCGAUCCAGCCUCUGUCAUCUGCGAAGGGCUGGCAGCUGGCAUCCUAGUAGGCGGCGAAGGGCUCAAGCGAGCCCUGCGCUUCGCCUGCUCAGCGUCGAGGCAGUCACAAGAUACGCUCAUACGGCAGGUUUGCUGGAAGAUGGCGGAACGUAGAGAGACAGAGGCGAUGCCGAGCUUCUUGGACUCUGUCCAAGCUAGCCAUGAGGAGCGCCUCCGCAUUGGCCUUGCCAUCCUUUUGAGGGCAACUUCGACGCACGAUGUCAAAGGUCUGGAGGCUCUGCUCGUUCAGCCACUACCGUCGUCAUCCGCCUUGGAACAUCUGUCAGACAAGAUGCGCAGGCACUUUCCUCGAGACAAGCAUGCACCAUUGCCUACGUCAGAAGAGCUCUUCCAAGCCUUUGUCUCUGUCGAAGAUCUCACAAUACUCGUGCAACGCAGCCAGCUUUAUCUUCAAGCACUGGCUCAGACCCGCCUGCGCCAGCUGUUCUCCGCAGCAGCGCCCUAUCGACUCAUUACGGCGACCACAGCCGAGGACCAAUCAGACGUCCUGAAAAGCUGCCUGUCAGAUCGGCAUCCAGGUACAACCUCAUCGCCGCAAGAGUGGCUCACCCUCCACUCCGCGCUUCUCUCCCUCUGCGGCAGCCCAGCGCAACUCCUCAAUGCUCUGACCCCCGCCAUCGUCUCGAGCUUAUUGAUCCGAGCGGCUCUCAAAUUUGCACCGCACGAAGCAGCACAAAGCCUGAUUGAGCAGGCCAUCGAGUCGCCUUCCUCCCUCCAGCCCGAUGAAAUCGACUCUCUCUUGAUUCAAGCUGCACGCGACAUCAUAGAUCGAGCUACCGGGGGUCGAGCUGGGGUGGCGGAUCUCAAGCGGGCGAGGCAAAUUCUCUCCCUCACUCCUUCCUCGCAAACCUCUCCAAUCCCAGCAUCCCUCCUCUUCCUCAACUCCGUUCUCCGGCUAAUGCAGCUCUCUCAACCUCUGCCAUCCGCUCUACACGCUUCCGUCACAAUGACCCCUCUGGAGAUCCGACUGGCGAGCGACAAGCUGGAUAUUGUGAGGAGAUGGCUGAGCGCGGGGUUGGAUGCUGGUGUAUGGCGAAGGAGAAAUGAUGUACUAGAGACAGCGAUAGGGCUGUGCGAGGGAAGUGAGACAGGAGCCGUAGGGGAGCCUCUGGGCGACGAGGACAAGAAUAGCAAGUCUGCGAAGGCCAGUUCAACGGUAUCGCGCACAUCGCGAUCCAAGGAGUCCAUCCGCGUCAAGGUGCUUGCCAUGCUCGCCGAGGCGGCCAUGUCUCACAGCGACAUCUCUGCCACGGGCGAGAGUCUGGACGAAAUGCAAGCUGCCCUCAAGGUGGUGCAGAGAAGGGCAAAGCGGGCUUCUACUCCUGCGGCAGGUGGCCAAGGCGACACAAUUCUGCUUAAGGAAGCCGCUGCGGCGGAGGAGACGGCCUGGACCACCUUAUUCGCCAUGAGCAAGCAUCCCAACGCCAUCAGCGGCGAUGGUGAAGCAAGACAACGUCGCAAGCAAUGGCUCGGCGAAGCCAUAUCCCUCUGCCCGCCCGAGCGUCUCUCUGAGCUACUCAAGCGCUGGACGGCCAUGGUGUCCGAGGAUGGAGAAGAGGAGGCUGCGGACGCAGAUAUCAUGGGAGCGGUGAUUGCAGGCUUGCCUGGCCACACUGCAGGCAGCAAGGGUGCUACCAGCAGCGCUUCGGCAGCCCAGGCUGUGCAGGGGCUUGGAGCGGGCGUAUUCAGCUUGGCGGCUGCCGCAGUGAAUACUACGGCGUGGUCCCUGUCGCCGUCGUUGGGCACGGCUGCCCUUCCCUCCGCUUCAAGUGGGGCCUCCAGCUACAGUCCUGCCACCGCAACGGCAGCUCUGGGUUCAGGUGCUGGUGGAGCGUUAGGAAACGCCCUAUCCUCACUUGCGGGGCAUGGACAUCGAUUCCGCAGUGGUCUGUGGGGCGUGGCGAGUGCAGCGGCGGCCCCUGCACAGGCUGUGGACUCCUCACCUUCCUUGGCAGCGGAGAGAGAGCUUCAGCCGCCCUCUGUCAGCGCUGCUACCGGCAACAAUCCUUCUCCUGCGCCGCGUACAGCUGCUUCCCUCUUCGAUGACUUCGGUCCUCCUGAUGCUAGUCGGGCAGGGCGCAGAAUAAGCAGCGAUGAUCCCUCCGCCUCAGCAGCUCGUUCAUCCUCCCCUUCCGUGGCAAACCCAUUCGCCUCCUACCUCGAUCCGGCUGAGAGGGCUGCUAGGGCUGCUAGAGGUUUCUUGGGAGGCGGCAGGGCGACCUCGUCUUCUUCAGCGGAAGCAGGGGCGGCGGGCGGUGGUGGUUGGUCGGCUCUGGGUAGCAGAGGGAUGAAUUGGUUAGUCGGAGAGGAGGCAGGGGAUGGGCACAGUAGAUAAUAAUUCUGAGGUGGGCGGUACAGUCAUGGGUGCGCAGCUUAGUUGACUGCGGAACUGUGGUUAUGUGGCGAAUUGAAGGACGGUCGUCGGUGACGAGUCGUCGGUCGGCCUACCGCCCUUGCUCGCUCGCUCGCACCGUCACGGUGCAAAGGCGUGAAUGCUCGUUAGCGGUACAGAAUAGCAUUGAGACGCCCACUUUACAAUUACCUCUUACCCACUGCCCUUGUUGUUGAUCCGCAGGUGCCGAUCCUUCAGCAACGAUCGAGGAAGCGGUGAACGCUGGUGUUGCUAUCGAUGCAGUGUUGAUUUUCGCCUUGAUUUCGG